AUGCAAGCACUUCGAACUCUCCCUAUCCUCAACAGACCCUCACGACCUUCAUCUCCCGCACCUCCCACCGUUCAAUCCACCACGGUGUCAGGCACUGCCAUGGCACCCACUGGAGACGGAAAGCCACGAUCUCGUUCCCUCAGUCGACAAGUAGCUGACAAAGUAUCCUCCUUACAAAUCUCAAAUGGGAACGGAGUAGCUCAACCUGCUUCCACUAUCACUUCGUCUCAGCCUUUGGGAGUCGCAAAGAACGGUCACUCCCCUCCUGGAAGUAGGCCUGUCACCCCUCGUAGCUCUGCCUCGCCGCUCCCUGGCGCGACAGCUCCUGCUGCCACAGUUCCCGAGCCCGCUGGGCUUCAAUCCAAACAUAUGGAUGUAAUCGGCUUGAGACUCAAUGAAGUAGUCAAUAAGGCGUGUGCUGGAGUGGAUUUUAAGGCUAAGAAGGGCUUUAAGAAAGGUAAUGGGUGGUCAGUAGGCGAAGCUGUAGUCAAUGAGCUUCCGAUCCCUCCUUCUGAUGCUUAUCUCAUCCGAGCCGUACUCCGUACUGCUGUCAAAGCAUUGUCCAUCUACACCACUAGACUGGAGACUUAUCUUCUCCCUGCAUUGACCGAUCCAGCCUUCGCCGCUGCGCUCAAUACCAACGCACAAGCACAUACUGCCCAUCCUUUCAACCCUAUUCAAUACUUCGCUGUUUCAGUAGCGCAUACAGCCUGGGAAACAUGCGAGGUCCUGGAACAGACCUUGGAGACCGGUAAAUGGCCUCGAUUCGUUCAAGAAACCCUCCGACCCGUCAUGGAUAAGCUGGACUUGGUUGUCAGCAAGGUUGUCCAACCUCUCAUGCUUGCAAUCAAGCGUGACCUUGUGGCGAGUCUGUCGAGAAACGAAGGCACUUCUCCUGCUGGUAGCAAGGUUGUUGGUCUCGCCUCAAUCCCUGCUCCCACCACCUCUCCCUCCCCGAGUGUGACUAGAGAGCAUUCGGCUCCGCCUGUCUCACGACUUACCAAAGAACUGUCAUCUGGCGGAACAUCUCGACAACUCGCUAUUCCUCCUUGUUUACAACAUUUUGCGAAUCGCGUUGACGGUGCCAGAAAAGUCUUCGAGCACGUAGCCGCACGAUGUGCUGAUGACGGCGAAGGCUGGAUUACUGGAGUCAUGGUCGCAGUGAUCUGGAAAGGGAUGUGUAUUGUCUCUGAAAAAGAAAUAGGCGGGCCAAUCAACCGACCUCCCAGUCCGGGGAGCGUCGCGAAAGCUUUAGCUGGAUUAGGCAAGGACAAAGAAGCCACUCCGUCCGUUGUAGCCCAUCCUUCCCUGGGAGGAGUCACGGCUAAACUCACAUCAUCACUGUCGAUCAUUCCUUCUCGAUCACAAUCAAGACCGCCUUCUCCACCUCGUGGAGCACAGAAACUUCACUCAGCAACCCACGCACUCUUGUCUCUCGAAGGACUUGUCAAGAGGCUCGUAGGUGGUUUGGUUCAAGCCCCCACAGCCCCAGGUGCAAGUGCAUCGCAGGAUCCCAACGCGACAGAACACAUUGCCAGAGAAGCUUUGCACGAAGCUUUAGAAGCAUUAUCGUCUUUCCGGGUCAUCUCCAACGCAAUGUAUAAAGGAGCUUCGUGCUCUUCAAGACUGUUGGCCAGUGCCAGGAGACUGAGGGAUGAUAUCGACGAUCCCGUUGAGGAAUCAUUGGAUGACGCAAUGGAAGAUUUACCAGCUGUUACCUUGUUUACCAUUCUACUUCGUCAAGCCAAUAUUGCCCUAUCGACUCUACCGGUAACGGAUGCAGAUGAAAAAUCAGUCUACUCCGGAACGAUGAAAAUCCGUACACCUGCAGAAAUAUGGGGAUGGACCACAGCCGAGUAUGAAAGACAAGUAUUAUCCGGAUUUUCAGCUGCUGAAGAGUGGGGUAGAAGAUAUGCUUUAGCUAUCAAACCUGAUAUCGAAAAGGUAACUAGUCAGCUUGCAGCCCAAUACACAUCUGGAAUCGGUGAAAAACCAAACAGAGAGAUCUUGGAAGCUGUUGAAUGGGUGAAAACUCUGGGCGUCACUUGUGAAGCUAGAGUUGGGGUCAAGAUUGGUGGAUGUAAUUGA